AAUCCUGACGAUUUUUGAUGAUUCUUUGAUCCCAGAUAUGAAUUAUGGAUAUGUUACGCCGGACUUUUCCGAUGCAGAUAUACCUUUAGAUGAUGGGAUUGAUUAUGAUGGAGAUCUUACCUCGAAUCUUGAGGAGUUUCGGAGUAACAGUGUCAUCAGUACCCGCAGUCUUUGUUCUGCACUGGGAAGUCAUAUGGAAAUUAGAGCAAAAAGUCAACACCUUCAUGACGCCACCAUUCCACCCCCACAAGAUUACGAGGUCCCCCUCCAUCAGCUUCGAGGAUUGAGAGGGAUGUACCGCACAGAAAACCUCCCACAGGCAAAAGAUGUAAAGACAAAAAACCUUAUCAACUACUUAUUAAAAAGCGAGUCUAGUGUGUACAGAUCGAGGAAAGAUCGCCCAUUGCUUUCUGCGAGUGUUCGAAACACACAACGAUCACAGAACAGUCCCUUCCACUUCCAGUUCCCUGUAAGAAGGGAACAAACUCUGCCUGCAAUACACCUUAAAUCUCGACUUAACAAAACAGUCACUCCAAGGAAGUUCCAAAUUCCUAGAAUAGAACUACAUAGCCCUGAUCCUAUUGAAGCACAUGCUUUUUCCAGCAGACUUCUUCGACGACCAGCUGUUAGACCUACAAGUCCUAUAAGCGAUUCAGACCCGUUGUUCUUCAAAUUCACACAGACGAUUGACCUUAAACCCAAAGUUUUUAAAACCCCACAGGAGCAAGAAGCUUAUUACGAGGAUAAAUAUCCUCUCCUUCUUCAUGCUAACCCUAGCGAUGCCAAAACACCACGUAAACCAAAGGAACCAAAGAGAGCGGAAGUUAUCGAAGAUCCGGUUUUAGAGCGCAGACUCACAGUGAUAUCUAAAUUAGACCAUCUUAAGGAAGCUGUAGAUGGUUUAGAGAAAGAGACAGAUGAUUGCGAAUUUCUUACAGAACUCAGGGACCCUGUUUUUGACCCGACAACAUUUCCAUGGAAUCGACCGGAGCAUAAACCUGAUGAAGUUCCCCAAACCCCAGCUGUGACCCCCUUUAGUAGCCAUAGUUCAUCCGAAAGCUCUAGUCAUUCGAGUAGUCCUCGAGAUCGAUGA